GUGGACAGUCUCAGUCUCUAGGAGGUUACCAGUUUGGGUACUAGAAAACCCUUUAAGAAAAUGGAAGUGCGAAAAUUAGGCCUAAGAUAAGUAUAAUGGAAAAUUGGUUUAAUAUGUAUUAAUACAAAAUUAAAAAGGUUUAGUAAUAAUCCUUUUAGCCGUUUUGCUAAUAACCCUGUACCACAGUCGCAUUAAAAGCACAGACAACUAUUCUGAUCAACAAAUGUGAAUUGACUUUAAAUAUCAUGCAAAGAAAAUGAAACGCUCAGAACCAAAAGCAGCUUUGGUGGUCAAAAGCCUUUAAUAAGCUAAUAUGUGAUUAAUAUUUAAUGUCACUUGACAUUAUUUAUAGACUGAGUAUAGCACUGGCCCAUCUCCAGUCAAGUCUAACUUAAUAGUUUGUGUUCUGUAUAAUUACAGCCUUCUUUUAUAGCAUAAAAUUAACAUUUAUUUAUUAGGUCAAGGUUAAGAAAAUAUUUCCUGUUUUAUGUGGAGGAUCUUAGAAACCUUACUCCUGGCCUUCUUGGUUGUAACUGUGCUCUGUAAUUUGAACAUCACCACAAAUAAUUCACUGUACUUUUUUUAUUUUAUUUUUUUUUUUACACAUUUAAUUGUACAUUCUGAGUAGAGCAAUGCUACUUCAGGGAGUGAAAAUGUGAAAGAAUGAACAUUGACAAAUUAUUUCACAUUUCUUUCUUAUUCUGCAUAAUCAUAAUGACAGAAAUAAACAAUGCUUGUGACAUUGAGAGCGUACCUUAACGUCAGGCUUAACUUUGUCUCUUCUGCCAGGGGGAUUGUGAAUGUAGCAUCAUCCACUAACCUCCUCACCAAUAGUAAGAAUGUGCAAUUAGCCCUGGACCCUAGCCUUGCUUUGCUAAGCCGUCGGCAGAGAAGGCUGAUUCGGCAAAACCCCGGCAUCCUCCAUGCCAUCGUGGCCGGUCUUCACACAGCCAUCAAGGAGUGCAAGUGGCAGUUCCGCAACCGCCGUUGGAACUGUCCGACAUCCCACACCCCUACAGUGUUUGGCAAAAUCAUCAACAGAGGCUGCCGAGAGACGGCAUUUGUGUUUGCCAUCACAAGUGCUGGUGUUACCCAUGCGGUGGCGCGGUCCUGUUCUGAAGGCUCUAUCGAGUCGUGCACUUGUGACUACCGGAGACGAGGGCCUGGGGGUCCAGACUGGCACUGGGGAGGCUGUAGUGACAAUGUCGACUUUGGCAGGAUGUUUACACGGGAGUUUGUGGACUCCAGCGAGAGGGGCAGAGACCUGCGAUACCUCAUAAAUGUACACAAUAAUGAGGCGGGCAGAAUUACAGUAUCCUCAGAGAUGCGUCAGGAGUGUAAGUGUCACGGGAUGUCGGGCUCCUGCACUAUUCGCACCUGCUGGAUGCGUCUGCCCAGCUUCAGGACAGUUGGAGACUUAUUAAAAGACCGUUUUGACGGUGCUUCCAGAGUGGUGUACGCCAAUAAAGGCAGCAACCGGGCGUCUCAUCGAGCCGACCCCCGCCACCUCCAGCCAGAGAACCCUGCUCACAAACUCCCUUCUGCGCAAGACCUCGUCUACUUUGAAAAAUCACCCAACUUCUGCUCCUACAACAGCAAAAUGGGUACACUUGGGACAUCUGGGCGCACCUGCAACAGUUCCUCACCAGCGUUGGAUGGCUGUGAGUUGCUGUGCUGUGGGAGAGGGUAUAAGACCCGGAUUGAGAAGAUCACUGAGAGAUGUCACUGCACUUUCCACUGGUGCUGCCAUGUGAGCUGCCUCAACUGCACCAGUACACAGACACUGCACCAGUGCUUAUAACAGUUGCAGCAGUUGGCAUUGUUCCUGAGAUCAUCAAUAGGGCAUGGAAGCGGUCGAUGGCUUAGAUUGACCAGGGUGCAAAAACAGAGAAACUGACAGAGAUUGUGUCGUAAUGGGGAUUAAAACAUAAAGCAAAUGACAAGACACGGCAAGACAUACGAUAAUCAGCCAUUUCCUUGAUCUUAUUUUUCUACGUCGAACAGCGCUGUCAUUGAAAUUGUACUGUGAGAGAAAUCCUAAAAGCUGUGCAUUUCUAAAGUGGUUGGGCACAAACCCUACAUUUAAGCAUUUACUGAAAACAUUAUAAUAGUAGAUAUAUAGUGUAUCAAAUGAAAUGAAUGAACUGCAAUGGAGACUACUAUGCACUGCUAUCCACUAUGGCACACAGAGAAGCUAGCCAGUUACUGAGAAGGAUACAGUCCAAAAAUACGUACGGAUUUUGAGGCCAGAACCACCAGUCUCGGGGUUCUGCCAUCUCCUCCCUCUCUUGCUCUCUGAUUCUCCAGGGAGCAAGAAACUGGGAAUCAGGAACUGGACACAAACUCUGACAGAUGUUUCUGUGGCUAGGGAACCACAAGCAUGUUCUCUCAUAAACGGUGAAAAACUCCUACUGCAGGAUAGUACUUUAAAAUAUCAGUGUGUUGUUUUCUUUAGCUGCAGCUCAGCGUUUCUUACAAAAAAUAUAAUAUUAUGUCAAGUACAUCUCAGGCAUUUGCCGUUUCCCAAUUUCUGUAUAGUGUAGGAAUUCUGGACUUCAUCCAAAUUCUUAAGAUUUCCCACUCAAACUCAGCGUACUUCCCGGAAGGCUAACGAUGUCCUUUCAUUUUGUAUUCGUACUCACUACUGUGUGGUAUACCACACCGUGGUACUGAUAAAGAAUGGCUGCAAACAAACAUUAACAAAGAGACCAGAAGUUUCUCGUAAAAUGAAUGAAUGUAGUGACCAAACACUGAACGACACUUCUGAAUUGAUCCGCUUCUUGUGGGCGUACAGAGUGGCACUAAUAACAGA